AUGGACGGCGAGUUCUUCUCGUUCCCGUAUGAUCCUUACUCGAUUCAGCUGGAAUUAAUGCGGCAGAUAUGGGCGACGCUAGAGCAAGGCCACUGCGGCAUCUUCGAGAGUCCCACAGGCACGGGCAAGUCCAUCAGCUUGAUCUGUGGGGCGCUCACUUGGCUCACCAAGCACACGGACGAUUGGCUGAGCGACUUUGAGCAGAAGUCGGCGGAUCGAGAGCUCAAGUAUCGUCAGCAGAUGGCAAAAGACGCGUUGACUGGCAUCGAGAGGCUCCGACUGGAGCCCGAGGCGACCACGAAGAAGCGCAAGAUGAAGAUCGCUUAUAACCACAACGAACGGAAGCGGGUGCGCCAAAGUGGAGGCAGUAAAGCGAACAAACCUGACGGAGACGACGACGAACACUUGGUGGAUCCGUAUGACAGCGAUCGAUUGGGGCGACGUAACAGUGACAGCGAUGAAGAGAGCGGGAUAUCAUUAAGUGGACAGGUCGGUGAGGUAAGACCCGACAUUGGUGUGGUGAAGAUCAUUUACUGCAGUCGCACACACUCGCAGAUCUCGCAGUUCGUUAGGGAGAUACGUAAAACUGCAUUUGCCGACCACAUCCGCGUCGUAUCGUUGGGUUCUCGCAAAAAUCUGUGCACAAACCCAAAGGUUACGAAGCUGAGCUCAGAUUUGCGAAUGACCGACAAGUGCUUGGACAUGAUGCAAAGUGGCAAGACCAAGAACGGCAAGAAAGUGGCCAAGUGCCCGUUCUACGAGAAGGAGUUGCUCGGUCACUACAAAGAUUACGCACUGGCUCAUGUGCAAGAUAUCGAGGACCUGCACACUUUAGGCGACGAAAUGUCGAUUUGUUCGUACUAUGGAACUCGUGAAAGCAUCCCACUCGCUCAAAUCGUCACGGUGCCGUAUUCGAUGUUGCUCAGCAAAGAUACUCGAGAAACGCUGGGCAUUGCGCUGGAGGAUAAUAUCGUCAUUUUCGAUGAAGCACACAACAUUAUCGAUGCCAUCAACAACACGUACAAGGUUGAGAUCACCAGCAAGCAGCUGGUGGUGGCACGAAGAACUCUGUGGUCCUAUUUUUCGAAGUACGAGAAACGAUUCAAGGGCAAGAACGCCUUCUACAUCAAGCAGCUUUUAUCGAUCUUGGAGUCUUUGACGAAAUUUCUUCGUCAGCUAAGCAAGUCUGUUGGGAAGGCCACUUCAACGGGAGAGAAUGAAGAUGGCGCCUUAGGAGCCCAAAUGAUGACAAUCAACGACUUCUUGUUCAGUGCGAGGAUAGAUCACUUCAACAUGUUCAAGAUUUUGGAGUAUCUUGGCGAGAGUGGUUUGGUCAAGAAACUGAUGGGCUUUGUAGACUCUACAAGUACUGGUUCUCCCGCUGCAGCUCCACCGGCCGCAGCUACCGAUGACUCCGAUGAAGGCUUUGAAAGUCGUCACAUUUCUCCAUUGCGAACAGUUGAGGCUUUGUUAAAAGCUUUGACCAGCGCCGGUGGAGAUGGCCGAAUCCUCGCACAGCCUCAUCACGCAAGCAAAGGCGUUGAAGGUUUGAUCAGGUUUAUCCUGCUCAACCCUGCGAUUCACUUUCAGGAAAUAGUGAACAAGUCGCGGAGCGUCAUUCUCGCUGGAGGAACAAUGCAGCCGGUAUCUCAAGUGAUUGAUCAGCUUUUCUCUUCGAUACCAAGAGAACACAUCGAUUUGUUUUCGUGUGGACACGUCAUUCCUCCCAAAAAUCUGCUCGGCUUCAGCCUUGCGUCGGGUCCAUCCCAGAAGCACCUCGAGUUUACAUAUUCCCAACGAGGUGACAUGGAAGCGUUAGACGAGCUGGGGCGCAUCCUAUUGAACCUUUUACGCAUCGUGCCAGGUGGAAUUGUCGUAUUUUUCCCUUCAUAUCGUUUCGAGGAGAGUGCAGUUCGCCGAUGGCAAGCUACCAAGCAGUACGAGCAAAUUCAAGCCAAGAAAGCCAUCUUCAGUGAGCCUAAGAAAUCUGAUGAACUAGCAGAGGUGCUGAUGCAGUAUUCGGCAGCGUGCUCUCGCAGCGGCAACGGGGCUGUGCUGCUGAGUGUGGUCGGCGGUAAAAUGUCGGAAGGAAUCAACUUUAGUGACGAAUUGGCACGGUGCGUUGUGAUGGUGGGCAUGCCGUAUCCAAACGCUCGGGAUGCAGAGCUUGUCGAGAAGAUGGCCUUCCUAGACAAGAUAACCCCCGGGUCUGGAAGGCAGUUCUACGAGAGUCUCUGCAUGAAGGCCGUUAAUCAGUCCAUUGGAAGGUCUAUUCGCCAUCAGAAGGAUUAUUCCACCAUCUUGCUGGUCGAUUGUCGAUACUCAAGCCCAGCAGUUCGCAGCCGCCUACCAGAGUGGAUUCAAACGCGUGUCCAACCUCCGACGUCAUUUGGACAGGUAUACUCCCAGCUCGUUCAGUUUUUUCGCGCGAAGGAAAACCAGGCUGCUAGCAACCAGUAG